AUGACGCAGUGUGGAACAGGUGCAAUGGUGACCCAUCUACCCACGUGCCCGCAAACCCCCACCUUUGACCCGCCGUCUUAUGCGACUCACCUUACCAAGUGUGCACUCAACUGCCCCCCCCAUGUGCACUCAUCUGCCCCCCCCAUGUGCACUCAUCUGCCCCCCCCAUGUGCACUCAUCUGCCCCCCCCAUGUGCACUCAUCUGCCCCCCCCAUGUGCACUCAUGUGCUCCCCUCUCCUCCCAUGUCCUCUCGUGUGCUCCCAUUCUCCACGGAUCACUACCUCAGCGCCCCGCAUCUCCCUCCCCUCGAUCCCGCUUUGAACGCCUUUCCCUUUGUGCUCUCUCCCCCUCGUCUCCUCUCCCCUGUGCGCCUUUCUCCUCCCCGUCUUUACAACAGUCUGGCCCCUAUGUGCUUUCGUGCUCCCCUUGUGUGCUCUCCCCUGCUUUAUACCAACGGCCCCAAUGUGCUUACGUGGUCCCCUUGUGCGCUCUUCCCUGCUUUAUGCCAAUGUCCCCAUUGUGCUCUCGUGCUCCCCGGGUGUGCUCUCCCCUGCUCCAGACUAUGGCCUCAUUGUGCUUUCGUGCUCCCCUAG